GAGAGAUUCAUUGGUUCGACUAUGAUUAUAAUGUGAAUCAGUACUUAGCAUGGUUUCAUUCUUGGGCUACACUAUACAUGCUAAAGCCCCUAAUGGAUCCUCCGAGUACAUACUAUCCAAGAUCACCAGCUGAACGUCACAUGCGAGAUUUCUUUGUGAGCAUGGAGAGAAGAUUGCAACCACACUUUGGCGGUAUUGAGGGGACACCUUUACAGGUGGAUGUGAAUAUUAUUGGAGAUAUGUGCCAAAGAUUACGACAACAAAUAUACAUUGACGAUGCUCAUUUUUUUGAUGAGGCAGAUACUCAGGUGUUUAGUCCAGCCAUUCCGACUGCAGAUCCAUAUGAUGCUGGGCCAUCCUCCUAUCCUGAUCUUGGUCCCUCUCAGAGCCACUUCAAAGCUGAGUUUGACGUCGCCUCCACACCUCAGUUCGUACCUUCCUCCUUGGGAGAGCCCCCAGUUACUCAGCAAGAUGUUAGUGAUCAGGACCAGCGCCAUCUACGUACCAGGCCACUAUGAGCACCUCAGCAUUUUACUCCAGGCACUGAUGCGAUUCCACAUCGACAAAAAAGGAGGCAUUAGU